AUGUCUAAACUCAUUGAUUAUGCUGAAGUAUUGAAGCAUAAGUCCAAGGACUCUUGCUGGGUAAUUCUGUAUGGCAAUGUCUGGGACGUCACCGAUUUUCUCCCCGAGCAUCCUGGCGGUUCCUCCAUCAUCCUCAAACUCGCCGGUAAAGAUGCCACCGAAGAGUACGAUCCCAUUCACCCCCCUGGUACUCUUGAAGAGAACCUCCCCGAAUCCGCUCGAAUUGGUCCUGUCGAUCCAAAAUCCCUUCCCGAACCGGUGAAAGCUGCCACCAACGUCGGACCUGCGCCGGAUACGGAGAGAGAGCUGCCACUUGCAGCCCUACUGAACUUGGAUGAGAUUGAGGCAGCCGCCACAAAGAAACUGUCCAAGAAAGGCUGGGCGUAUUAUUAUUCUGCUGGAGAUGACCUCUUUAGUAAAGAGUUUAACAACACAGUCUACCGACAGAUCCUGUUGCGCCCCCGUGUCUUUGUGGACUGUGAGAAGUGCGACCUCUCCACUACCUUUUUGGGGUACAAGCUCGAUCUUCCUGUCUUCGUAUCGCCCGCUGCUAUGGCACGCUUGGCUCAUCCCGAUGGCGAGUGGGGUAUUGCCCAGGCUUGCAACAGCUUUGGUACCAUACAGAUGAUCUCCAACAAUGCGAGUAUGACUCCGGAACAGAUUGUGAAAGACGCAGGUUCGAACCAGGUUUUCGGGUGGCAAUUAUAUGUUCAGACCGAUCGCAAAAAGUCGGAGGACAUGUUGGCAAGGAUCAACAAGUUGGACGCCAUCAAAUUCAUCUGUUUGACGCUCGAUGCUCCUGUACCAGGCAAACGAGAACACGACGAAAGAGGCAAAUAUGAAGUUGAGGACGCCAGUCAGGCUAUCAAAGAUGCGGGAGGUGCGGAGUUGAAAGGUGGUGGUGGCAUCGGACAGUCAUUGUUCUUCGGCACCGAUCCAACCUUGACCUGGACCAAGACUCUGCCUUGGCUUAAGAAACACACCAAUAAGUCAAUCAUUUUGAAAGGCUUACAGUGUCAUGAGGAUGCGUAUCUCGCCUCUCAGUAUGCGCCCCAAGUUCGUGGCAUCAUCCUAUCGAACCAUGGUGGGAGAGCACUGGAUACUGCCCCACCGGCAAUUCACACCCUUUUAGAGAUCCGAAAAUAUUGUCCUGAGGUCCUGAAACGCCUUGAUGUUGUUGUUGACGGCGGUGUUAAGAGAGGAACAGAUGUGGUCAAGGCAUUGGCUCUAGGAGCCAAGGCUGUCGGAAUCGGUCGAGCAGCGCUUUUCGGACUAGGCGCUGGCGGUAUUGCAGGCGUGGAAAGAGUUUUGGAGAUUCUCAGAGAUGAGACCGCAACUGCCACCAGACUGCUCGGCGCUGCUAGAGUCACAGAUUUGGGACCAAUCCAUGUCAACACCAGAGCAGUGGAGAGAGACAUUUAUGAUGGCCCAGGCGAUUUGCCGGCAGCCUCGGGGGGCUUGUGGACCAAGUCCAAGUUAUAA